AUGGCAGAAAGAAAACAACAAGAACGAGAUAACAUACAAGUUUCAAUAAGAAUAAAGUACAUUAAAAAGACAUGUAACUAGACCCAUGUUUGAUGAAGGAAAGACGUGCAUUCGAAUUGACCCACACCUGAAUAAUACCAUCGUCAUAGAAGGAUAGAAUCAGUAAGAGUCGAAAUUCUUCUCUUUCGAUAAUGUUGCUGGACCAGAUACCACAUAGGAAGAUAUCUUUUCGAUGAUUGGAGAACAACAAGCCAGCAAUUGUUUAGAAGGUAUGAUUAACAGUAAUUUUAGGCUACAACGGAUGUGUAUUUGUAUAUGGUUAGACAGGGUCAGGUAAAACUUACACUAUGACUGGGACAUCGCUGUAGCCAGGGCUACUACCACGUAUUAUAGAUUAUCUCUUUCGAUGCGUCUUUGAUGACUAAGAAAAAGAUCCUUCAGUCGAAUACUUAAUCAAGUGCUCACAUCUCGAAAUUUAUAAUGAACACAUUAUCGAUCUUCUUAAUCCUGAUUUGGGUAACUUGCAACUGCGAGAAGAUCUAAACAAAGGAGUAUACGUUGAAUUUCUGACUGAAGAAUGUUGUUCCAAUGUUGUAGAAGCCAUGGAAGUGGUCUAACGUGGCAAUGAAAAUAGACAUAUCUCAUCAACUUAAAUGAAUUUUGAAUCUUCCCGUUCGCAUAGUGUUUUCACUAUCUAAUUGGAAUCCAGAAGACAAAGUCAUUCACUUAUCAAUCACAGAUUUUCUAGAUUCCAUUUUGUGGAUCUGGCUGGAAGUGAACGAUAGAAGCAUACCUAAGUCUAAGGUGAAAGACUUCGAGAAGGUUGCUAAAUCAAUAGGAGUCUCCACAUUCUCGGCAACGUUAUCAAUUCAUUGGUGGAAGACAAAGAAUAAAAUAGAUAUGUGCAUUAUCGUGACUCAAAACUCACGUUCUUACUAAAAGAUUCUCUAGGAGGUAAUUCCAGAACUCAUCUCAUUGCAAAUAUACAAUAAUCCAAUUUAUUUUAUUAGGAAACACUCUCUACACUCCUAUUCUCUAAAAGAGUCAAACAAGUUAAGAAUAAGGCUAGAGUUAAUGAGGAUGAAAGUGGAUCCUUGGAAAGUCUCAAAAAUGAAAUCAAAAGAUUAAAAUAAGAAUUAGCCAAAUGGAUUGUAGGUCUCUAAACCACAUCCAAAUCAGCAGAAUCUCCUAUCAAAUAAAAUAUAGGUAAAAUACUCAUCAUAAUUAGCCAUGCAUAAUAUCAAUUUUGAAGAUAUUAACGCAAAUGAUUAAAGAUACAUUAAACUUGAAGAAAUACUCAAAGUAUAUCUUGAACAAUCUACUGAGAGUGAGACUGCCCUGUAUUUAGAAAUAGAAAAGUACUUAAGCGGAAUUAAAGAAUUAAGGGAAGCUUUUUAAUUAAGUUCUUAAUUGGAAUAGCAAUUAAAAUUAAUCAUUAGAUUAUAAAAUGAAUAAAUCGUUAGAUUGAAACACGCCAAUGGAGCUGAAGAUUUAUCAAACGAUUAUCAAGAAGAACUCUCCAAAGCCCUUUUGAGUCAGGCUGCAGUCAUGAAAAAGUUCUCUGACAGUCUGAGAAUCAAAGAAGGAUCUGCCAAAAAUGUAGAAAAAGCUAAAUUGUAAAUAACCGAAAACGUGUAAUUGCUCAAUACAAUUGUAUCAACUGUUAAUGUAAUUGAUUUUAUAUAUUAUGUAAGGGAUCCUUAGAUGAAAGAAAGAAAUUACAAAAUUAAAUUUAAUCAUAACUCUCUUAAGUUUAUGUACCAGUAGAAGAAUUUACCUAAUUAAAAAGUGAACAAGAAGUACUUAAUGAACGAUUAGCAAAAUAAGUCGAAAAAGAAGAAAAAAUUAAACAAUCUCUUGAUAAAAUAGGUAUUACAAUAGAUGUUGAAGAUGAAAUUAGAGUCAUUGAUCACAAAUAAAGAGACUUAACUUUAGAUUAAUAAAAUGAAUAAUUGGAAUUGAAGAGUAGAGCAGUUGAAUAAUUAAAUCAAUAAUUAAUAUAAAAAGAAUAAGAGAUCAAGUAAAUUGUGGAAUAAAAAGACAAAUGUAUUUAAGAAGCUCAUUAAUUAAAUGGAUAAAUACAAGAUAGCAAGUAAGAGAUUCAAUAAUUAAAUUAAUAACUUUAAUCCUAAUAAAUAUAAUUAGAGUAAGCAAAGUUAUAGUCAGACACAUUGAGCAGUACUGUCAAUUAAUACUAAGCUGAGAAUGAAUAAUUAAAGUAAAAAAUAAUUCUUUUGUAAAAUGAAAAAGAUAAUUAAUAAAUAUAAAGUAAUCAAAAUUUAGAGGAAUUAAAUAAUUAAUUAUCAGAAUAAAAGUAAUAAAAUGAAGCUCUACUAAUUUAAUUACAAAAGUCAAUGCAAGAGUAAAAUAAUUUAAUAAAUUAAAUUCAUUCUAGUUUAACUGAAAAUAGUGAACUCAAAGAAUAAACACUUUUGUUGACUAGAGAAAAAUAAAACAUAGAAUUAGAAAAUAAAAAGUAAAUAGAUAAUCUAUUGAAUUAAAUAUAAUCAUUAAUUCAAUAAUAAGAACAAUAGGAGCAAUAGCAUUAAAAAGAGAUUCAAAGCUUCACUAAUCAAUCUAAAAUAGAAUAAAUUAAUGUUUAAAAAGAGUACUAGACUUAAUUACAAACUGCAGUAAAACAACAUGAAGUUGAGAUCUAGCAAUUGAAAAAUGAAAAUAAAAGAUAGCUAGAUUAAUUUGUUAAUCAAUAAGAGAUAGAAAUAUAAACUUAAAUUAAUUAACUAUAAAAUUAGAUUUCAUAAUUGAACACACAAUUAGGUUAAACAAAAUUGUAACUAGAAAAUAGAAAUUAGGAAUUUGAGGUAAUAUUCAAUUUAUCUUUAGCUUCUUAAAGAAAAUUAAGAUAAACUGGAAUACGAGAUAGAUUAACAAAGAAAUGAAUAUGAAUAUUAACUUGAAGAUAAAUAGGCUUCAUUUUAAGAACUCGAAGAAUAAUAAAAAAGAGCAUUGGAGUUGAAGGAUAAAUAAUUAGAGUAAUAAAAGAAUGAUUAUGAGAGAAGAAUUCAAUAGAAAGAUGCUGAAAUUGAAGAACUCAAAUAGCAUUAUGAAAAAAUAUUAGAAGAAAAUAGGGUGAUUAUUAAAUAAUUAGAAUAAGAACUUUUGAUUAAGAAGGAAGAAUUGAAUCAGGCAGUUUAAGAGUUAAUGAUGAAGGAAGAGGAAUAUCAAGAAUAGAUAUCUUAAGUUAAUGAAAAGCAAAAAGAGUUUGAAGAUAAUUGCUUUGAGUUGAGAAGCAAGGCUCUUCCAGAGAAAGAUCAAGUAAUUGAGCAAUUGAAAACAGAUGUAGAACAGAAGGAUUAUGAGUUGAAAAUUCAGAAUGAAGAUUUCAUGAAUCAACAAAAUUUACUUUUCGAUAUAAUCAAACAAAAAGAUAAUGAAAUACUAAAAUUACAAGAGGAUCUUGAUGAUCAUAGUAAUAGAUUAGAAGAGGCAUCGAAGGUAAUAGAUAAGUAUUCUAAUUGUAAUUCCGAAUUGAAAGGAGCCUUAGAUUAAUUGAAUCAUCAAUUUGAAAAAUAGAAAUAAAUAAUCAAUGAUUUGUAAAUUAAAGAGAAUACUUCGGCUUAAAUUCUUGAUGAAAAGACGAAAUCUCUAAAUGAAAUAUUAUAAUCUAAAUAAAGUGAAGUUGAGAAUUUAAAAAUGAGAUUAGAGGCCGAGAAUAAUGUAAAUAAAUAAUAGAAUUAACAGAAUUCUAAAUAAAUGUAAACUUCUGAAAAAAAAAUUAAAGAUUUAGAAAAGGAAAAGUAAAAUUACUUAGAGGAAAUAGAUAAGAAAGAAUAGUGUAUUAAUCAAUUGGAAUAAAAAUUACAAACCUCAUAAAAAGAAAAGGAAAUUGUAACUAACUAAUUUAAAAAUUAAAUUAAGGAUUUGCAACAGUAAUUACUAUCUAGUAAUCAAGGAAUUGAGGAGCAAAAAAUAUGGGUUAUUCAUUAUAAGAAAGAAGUGGAUAAAUUAAAUAAGGAAGUUUCCUUAUCCUAAUAAAUUUCUUAAUAAUAUUAGAGUUAGAAGAACGAAAACGAUCAAAUUAAAUUAGAAAAUCAAAAAUUAAAUAAAUUAUUGGAUAAUUAUUAAUAAUAAAUAUCAUCUAUUAAAAAAGAGAUAGAUUAAGCCAAAAUAGAGAAGACUAAAUUAAUCGACUAAAUUUCAUUACAAGAAAAUAAAAUAUUAGAAUUAGAAGAAGCAAAGCUAUAAAAGUAAAUUUUAUAAGGCAAAGUAAAUGAAUUGCAAAAAUGCUAAUCAGAGGUUCUAUAAAAAUAUCAGUAGUCAUAAGCUCAAUUACAUGCUUUACAAGAUGAUUUAUAACAUUCAAAAAAGGAAAUAUAAGAAAUUAAACAAAAGAAUAAGGUGUUAGCCUAAUAAUAAUAAAAUGAAAUGUCAAAAUUCAAUGAGGAAAUGCUAGCAAUUUAAGAAGAGUUAGAAUAAAGCAGAAAGAUUUAAAUGGAAAUAAAGAAAUCAGAAUAAGAGUAGAGAGAAUAGAAUUUGCAAUUAAAAUAGAAUUAUGAAAAAUUAGUAUAAGAAAAUUAAUAAUUAAACAAUUAGCUAGAUGAAAUGCAAUAGGACAUUAAUUAUGAUAAGGAAGAAAUCUUGAAGAAGGACGAAACUAUUUACAAAUUGUCAGAUUAAGUGAAAUAUAAAACUCAGUAACUAGAGGCUCAAAAUUCAUUAAUUAAUUAAGUUGAAUAAAAUAAAUUAAAUCAAACUAACUAGAUACUCUUAUAAUCAAAUUAAUUGACAAAUUUAUCAAAAGAACUUUUUUCAUUAAAACAACAAUUAUAAAUAAAUGACACUUAAAGUGAAUCAUAUAAACGAGAAGUUGAAAGAUUAAGAAGAGAAUUAGAAUUCUAAAUAAAGUAAGUUGAAGAUUACAAAUAAUAAACUAAAAAGAUAUAGCAGCAAUUAGACUUUGAGAAAAAACACAGCCAAAAAUAAAAAGUUUAUGAAGCAUCAGAAUUAUUAAGUAAAAUUGACAACACACUCUCUCCAAUAAAAGGAGUAAAAGUAUUUAUAUUAAUUAAUUAAAGGGAUAAACUCUAUAUGGCAGUUCAGAUAGUAAAACUCAAAAAAGAAUUUUUUAGCAGAAGACUCCUUAGAAAGAAUAUGGAUUUUAAAAUUCUAAUAGUGCUUCUAUGCUUAAUGCCUCUUUUAAUUCAUAAGAUUAAUUAGCCAAAGAAAAUAAAAAGCUGAAAUAGAGUUUAGAAUAGAAAAUGAAAGUAAUUAAUUAUAAUAACAUAAGAUUAUUGAAUAAUUAGAGCAAGCGUUAUUAUAAAGUGAGUAAACGUUAAAGGAAGUGCAUGAAAAGGCCAAUCAAUUUUGUUCAUAAUAGGAAGAUGAAAUAAAAUAAAUUAAGGAUCAAUAUUCAAGACUUGAAUAAGAACACAAUACUAUAUUGGUAAUUCUAAUUGUUAUUGAAGGCUGAAAGGGAGUAUGAGAAUUAGUAGAUAAGUAAACAAAAGGAAUAGGCUUUAUUCAAAGUUUAAAUUCUAUAAGAUGAAGUAUUGAAAUCAAAGAGAGGAUCUGUAGGAAGUCAACACAUUCCAGGAUCAAAAUAUUCUGAAACCGUUUAGGAUAUGUCAAUGAGGGAAACACCAUCCUCAUCACAUAGAUAUAGACCUUCAGAUGGAUCAUUUAAAUCUUAUUACGGCAUAGAUGCUCAUUCAAAAUUAAUUUAUGACACAGUAAUUAAUAUAUAUAUAUCUCUAUUAUAGCAAAAGCUGUUAUUAGAAAAUUAACGAUUAAAUAGUCAAAUGUGCAAGUUAUACUAGAUUUUGGGGUUAGACAAAAAUAGAUCUAAUAAAUUAGGAGAUGGAGAUAAGAUUAUCUAAUCAGUUCAAUUAUUAUUAUAAGAAGUUAUUGUAUAUAUUUCAUAUUUAUUUUUAAGGAUUGUAAACAAGAAAUAUAGAAUUUGAUUUAAGCUCAACCAACAAGAAGUUUGAAAUAUUAGUCAAUGGAAAAAGAAUUAUUAUAAACUAAAUCGAAAUACUAUGCCGUGGAAAGGAGUCCUAAGUUUUGGAAUUCUAGCAAUGAUACUCCAAAAGCUAAAUUCUUCAAUUACUCAAAUUCUUCAGGGAAAUGA